AUGCAGCUGUCGUGGUACUUGUGCGCAGAGAACCUCAGCAGACCCGAUCACUAUCUCCUCAAUUCGAUGCUUGGCCCCGAGAUGUGGGUCCCUGUGCAGCUGCUCAUGCAGUUUCCAAAAGUUGCGCAAAUGACGUCUGACCACGAUCUUGUGAUCGCGUGUAUGCACGAGCUGCCAUCGCUCGAUGUCUCGCAAGACCGCCAGUUUGUUCGCCCGCGUAACUUCGCUCUCCUCUCCAGCGACGCCACGCUUCUUGUCCGCGGUGCAGAGAGUGCAGACGCCGUGCACGCGGCCCUCGAGGAAGACAUUGGCCCUCUCCCCAUCAUUGCCGAUGGUCGGUCGUUCCUCGUGGAUUGCGCAGCGGUGCAGACAAUGGAGCAGGCCCGCCUCGCCCUCUCAACACGUGGAUGGCGCGUCACCCCAACCGCCAUCGGCAGAUUCGUCCGCAAGGAUCCUGUGCCGAUGCCCGUUUAUGAACAGCCGGUCAUGUUCAACUUCAUGCAGCCGCCACAGCAGCAACAGCAGCAGUCGUUGUACAUGGCACCACCAGUGCACCCGGCGUAUCAGUACAUGCCAAUGUCUCCCCCAUAUGCGCAGGUUGGGUACCCUAUGUAUGUUGCAUCAGAUCCCAUGAUGAUGCCAAUGCGCCCGCUGUACUCUCCUCAAGAGCUGCCUCGCCACCACCGCGAUUCUUCCCGCCACAGCUCAGCAGGAGAUCGGCGCCAUUCACAUUCGCAUUCUCGUUCCCACUCGAGCGGUCCGCGCGACAAGAGCAGGGGGCGCUCGCGCGAGAAUGCGCGCCGGCAGCACGACCGCCGACCGCGCCAUCGCCGACCGGGAUCAGAAUCGGGCGCGAUUGGCCAUCAUCCCCACUCGACUGCACCGCCCGCGUCACACUCGUCCGCGUCAUCCACAGUGGCACCAGCACACGCAGCAGCCACAACAAGUGCAACAGCGGCCAAUGCCCAGGGUGGUGCUGCUCCGCUGACAUAUUCGCAGGUGCAAGCGAGUGUGAUGAGUGCGGGAGAACCGGCAGACAAACUCACGCGUCCGGAACACGCGCCCGUCCUCGAUCAGAACAAGAUUCAGGAGGCGACACAGGCAAUGGGGGACCUGUCCCUUGGUGCACAGUCGCAGUCUGCACCUGUCUCCCCACUCGACGCCCCACACGGCGGUAACGUGUUCACGGCGCCUGAUGCACAGCAGCGCACGGGCCAACAGGCAGCACAACAGCAGCAGCAGCAGCAGCAGCAGCAGCAGCCGCAGCAGCCAGUGAAGAGCAAACAGAAGCAGCAGCAGAAACAGCAGCAGAAACAGCAGCAGCAGCAGCAGCAUCAAAAGCAACAGCAACCGAGCAAGCACCACAAUGGAAAGCAGCCAGGCAAGCACAAUAAGCAGCAAAAGCAGCGAAAACACCAGAAACACCCGCAACAACAACAACAACAACAACACCAACAACAAAAGCAGCAGCAAGAGGUGCAGGUGGUGCCACCAACACCAACGAGUACAAGCAGCAGGAGCAGUAGCGGCAACGUGAAUGACGAGGCAACCCCACCACGCGGUGGCAAGUCAUGGGCUGCCGUGACGAAAGGGAAGCACGCGAAACAGAACGGUGUGCACCUGCAGCAGGAGGAGCAGCAGAACGAACAGCACGGGCAGCAGGAGGAGCAGCAGAACGAACAGCACGGGCAGCAGCCACAACAGCAGCAGCAGCAGCAGCAGCAGCAGCAGCAGCAAGGUGUGGAGGCAAGUUCAGAGGGGCAGCCAGACAAGGCAGUGUGACGAGUGAUGUACACUUCACGCUUGCCCUUAACACCCCAACCCCCAACCCCCUUUUCCUGUUUCAAUGCAUUUCAUAGUGCCUUCAUGUUCCCUGUUUCCGUUGCUUUACUGUGGUCUGUCUCUCUCGUGCUUGUUUCUGUCCGAGCCUACCGCGCGUUGUCUGUGUUGCCUGUCUUGUCCUCGCGACCAUGUUAGAGCCCCAUUGUCACCUUCAAGUUUGCAGCAUUGCGUGCUGGCUUGUCUUCAUUCAUUGUCGCUUCAUCUUCCGUCAUCGACGUUCCUGUUUGUUCUUCCUGCUCGCCUCCUACUCCCCAUCUUCGUCGCAAGUCCAGCACCAAGCGCUCUGCUUGCUUCUUUGCUUCUUUUCCCUUGGCAGUGCCCAACAUCACCAUCAUCAUCACCACCACCACGGUUACCGUGCCAAUUCCUCCCCUCCCCCUUCUUUUUGUUUCUUUUCUUUCUUUCAUUCAUUUUUGUUUCCCAUGCUCUCCUGUUCACAUUUGUACCGUGUACAUAUUUAUUUCUUUGGGCUUGGCGACAGCACCGACAAGAACGCCUCCUGUGCACACGUGAUGGUGGUUGCGGUCCAUGUGAGAAUAUGACAUGAGCUGAGCGGUGCACCAUCGACCACGCUUUCAUCCUUUGUCCCUCAACUCCUUGCAAUCGUCAUCCAUCCCCACCCCCUUGGAAUCCUUUUUUUGUCGCUCUUUCUCUUGUGACCUCCGCCCCCCUCCCUUCUCUUCCAAUCCCCCCUUCCUCCACACCAAGCUAGGCCAGAGCUCCCCAAACCCUUCCUUUGCUGUUGCCGCCCCAAACAACAACAACAACAACAACAACAACAACAACAACAACAACAACAACAACAACAACAACAACAACCGCUGUGGCACACCACACCCCCUAAAUCGUCCUCUCAACUUAUCAUCCUCACGCCAUCAAGUGCUGCGCUGUCACGCAUCACAUUACCUUUGGCAGUUGUACGUUUCCAAUCUGCCUCAUCUUCUUCUUUCCUUCCUUCUGCUUCUGCAGCAGCUUGCGUUUCCGUGUGAUGUCCCCUCCAUAGCAUUUUGCUGUCACGUCCUUCCGCAACGCCUUGACUGUUUCCCGCGCAACAACACGCCCUUUCAUGCUGGCCUGUAUCGCAAUGUCAAACAGUUGCCUGUGUCAUGUGCACGCGCGAUGUGUGUGUGUAUGAUGAACGUGAGCGCGUGUAUGUGUGUGCAUUGACCAUUGUGGUGUGUUUGUGAUAUGUUUUGUAUUUUGUCGUUGUAGAUGAAGAAGUCCUUAGCGCCGUGUGUGUGUGUGUAUGUGUGUGUGUGUGUGUAUGUGUGUGUGUGUGUGAAGGUGCAAUCCCCAUGUCAUUAGCCAUCCUAUCUCUGGCAUCACGUCUCGUGUUCCUACUCUUCUUCCUGUCUCCGUCAGUCUCCUCCCUGCUCCUCUCAAUGUGUAGCUGUGUCUGUCGUCUGUCGAAUACAGCGUGUGCGUGUGCAGAUGGUGCACAAGUCUGUGCUGUGUAGAACACUUGUGGAUGUGGUGCGUGCUGUGCAUGUGUCUGUCUUGCGUCUCAUGUGUGUGCCGUACAUGGACGUCAACCUUUCACCAACACAAUCGCAUCCCCCACCCCGCACGCCUAUUCGCCACCCUGCCAACCCGACCCUGCGCGACUGCACCUGGGGAUAGUUUCCUUGAGCCGUUUGCACAGCGCCUUGCCGCGCGGGAACCCACGGCUGCUGUGCACAAUCGCCGACAGCGCGUCUACGGGUUCGCCGUUGAGCAGCAGCUGCAGCUUGACAAGGUCCGCCGCCUCGUACCCAAGCUCCUCGUAGUCGAACGUCGCAUACCCGCUCGAACACGCCUUCACCUGACGGGCGUGUUGCAUGGGUUUGUUGAUGCAUUGGUGGUGAUGGUGUCAUGAGUG